AUGCCCGUGUCGCUUGCAGCUGCAGAGAAGCCCACUCGCUCACAGCGCGAUCCUGAGUUGUCAGGAAAGCGCCGCCACCGCCGAUCUCAUGUGUCUCUUGCCGAGAUCGGGGAAUUAUCCACCGAGGGCCGACCGUUUAAUGCAAGCCAGCCAGCCGAUUCUACAGUCCGCUCGCCAUCCCCGGAACGACGUCCUCGGCCGGCGACCCAGCCAGAGUUAACAGAUGCUGAGGAUCAUGUUCCCUCGAGGCGCUCAGGUCAGGUCGUCAAAGUCACGCUGACACACCCGCACGGCGAAGUCCCAGACAAGGCUGCUCUCAUAGAGGAAUUCAAGGCACGCAGGCGCAGGUCUCCAGGCGCGCCUUCUCCAAUUCGCGAGAGAAACACGCUUCCGGCCGACGACUCUGACGUGGCAGGCACAGCGGGGGAUGUCCCAGCUUCUCAGCGCAAGACGAGCAAGAAGAAGAAAAGAAAGAGGAAGGAAGUCGUGAGGGACGUUCCCCAAGAGGAAGCGACACUCCGUCAAGAAGAUACGGAAGCCCUGCCGGAAGAGGCAGGCCCGGAAGGCGCCGUGACGGAUAUUUCUCCUGCUCCACUUGGAUUCGGCAGAAAGAGCAAGGGAAAGGAUGGACAAGUGGUUGGGGACUUCAUCCAGGAGGCGGUAAAAGUCGAGCCCGGCCCAGCCCUAUCUGACACCGGCAAUGAGCACCCAUCCAGCACGCAGCCGCCGCGGAAGCGUAGCCGACGAGAGAGCGACUCGGAAGCACGCAAGAAGAAGAAGAGCUCCCAGAAGACAUCUACUCGAGAGUUAGAUGCGGAGGUAAAACCCGAGCCUCCAGACGAGGUUUCGAGCCUUGUCGAAGAAGCAGCUCUGGAACGCAUGGAUGGUGGCUCUCGGACCGCUAUGCGUGCCUCGACGAAGAGACGUCCUGUUGCGAGUGCCCAGAGCCUGCCUGCUGAUAUGGAAAUGGACCAGGGGGACGAACCUGAGCGGCCAGGAGCGACGUGGCCGGCACCAAACGUGCCUAGCGAGGACCAACCCGCCGGGACAACAUCCUCAUCAAAUCUUCGAAGAGCUGCCGAUUCCCCACCCCCACCCUCCGACUCGGGGUAUGCCGAGCCCGAUGAUCAGGCCCAGAAGGAAAUGGAACCUGGAAUGGAUGUGGACAUAGCUGAUGGUCUCCCCAGGCAUGGCUACGAUGACAUUGGCAUUCAGUAUGCAGCAUCCGCAUACGCGCCCACCACCAUGUCCCAACUGCCGUCUUCCAACAGUGCUAGGAAUACUAAGGGAUCCGUUCCCGAAAGCCCCACUAGACAGGAAGCCGAUGCCCUGCCCGACCAAGAUGGUGCUGCUGUCACCCCGGUUAACCAAGAGGCGAAUGAGCACGCAGACGAGCAGCUUCCCGUAAAAGAAAACUCUCAACCCACCUCCACACCCGGGACUGUGUCUGCGAAGAGCCCCGGAUCCCGAACCAAUACGAAAAGAAAGACAAAACGUCCAUUCACCUUUCCUUGCGAGGAUGAGGAAAAUGCAAAGGCAUUUUCCGAGCUUCCUGCCGAUGUUGCGGCUCCGCCCAGGUCAAGGCCAUCGAAAAAAGCGCAAGUAUCCGUGAGAGGCGAGUCUGGCGCUUCAGCCAUGCCUCGCAACGGGCGGAAAAGGAAGACCAGAAAACAGCAGGAUGGCGAUCGUGCUGAAACCUCUGAGGACGGUGAUAACGCUACGGCGAUACGGCAGUAUCGAUCCGGCCCUCUCUCACAGACCGAGCAGGACGCCGUAGUGAGAGCGGUUGAGAGAUUCCGAGACAAUCAGGCCAUCUCUCAAGAAGAGGUCAUCCAACUGAUUCAUGCCAAUCUUCUCCAGGCCCAAGCGGCCAGUCGCCAGUUAUGUGGCCACUUAUGGUCAUCGAUUCAGGAUGCCUGCCCCUCCCGCCCGCGACAGAAGCUGAUCAAUUGGUGCCGGCAACGCUUCCACAACUUCGUCGCACGGGGUACAUGGACAAAAGAGCAAGAUGACGAGCUGGCCGAUCUAGUAGAUGCCCAUGGAAAGAAGUGGAGCUUUAUCGCGGGUCUUAUUAAUCGUCACCAGAAAGACGUGCGUGAUCGAUGGAGAAACUAUCUCAUCUGCCGCGAGAAGAUCAAGACCGAUGUGUGGUCUGAGGACGAAGAGGAGCGGCUUCGCGAGUUGGUGGAACAGGCCAUGGAGACGAUUCGCGAGAAAUUGCCCGAACACAGCAGAAAGUCGCCCGAGCAGCUCAUCAACUGGCUUGCUAUCAGCGAAGAGAUGGGGCAUACCAGAUCUCGACUGCAGUGCAUGGAGAAGUGGAAGAGGAUGCGCGCCGCGGAGCCAAUCCCUGACAAAGCUGCCACCGUACUCCCUCCUGGCUCAUCGUGGCGGCUUGAAAAGGCUCGCGCAGAGUUACGGAAGUUCAGCGUGAACGAUAAAUUUACCCUGGUACGGGCGGUUCGCGAUUCGGGUGUCGGAACGGACAAGAAGAUCAACUGGGCGCACAUCAGACGCGACGUCUUCGGCGGGAAGUUCGAGCGACAGACGCUGAUAGUCACAUGGGGUCGGUUGCGACAGAGCGUGCCGGAGUCAGAGUGGAAGACCACUCGCGAUUGCGCAAGAUACCUGUGCGACAUGUACGAGCGAGAAGGCAACUUGGAAGCACCAGGAGGCGCUGAAGCCGAAGAGGAAGGACAUGGGUCUCCUCCUCCUGUCCCUUCGCCUGUGUCAAAGAAGAAGAAGAAGAAGAAGAAGCAAGACGAGGGCAAAGGGAAAGAAGUUGUCCCAGCCUCCCCGGCAUAUGUCCCAACUUCAGAGCCCCAGGCGGCGAGAGCGAAGUCUCGCAAGCGUCCAACCACGGCUCAUUCUGCCAUCCAUGAUGACGACGCGGGCUUGGUAGAGCCACACCCGAAACGAAGCGAGGCAAAGAGCUCGAAAAAAAAUCGUGCCGCGACCUCCACCGAGCAUGUGGCGACGAAGGACCAAGCUACCAUAGAGUCUCUAAACCCGGCCACACAGCCCCCGGCCGAGGAACAGCCGGGCCCUGAGCCCGACUUUGAACAGUCCCAGCUCUCGCCGAGCGUGAAGGCCCAGGUCUCCCGAACAAAAAGACGGGAGAGGCGGGCAAGUGUUGCAGAGCAGUCGAGCGUCGGAGUGGGAGAGGGUGACUUUUUGCUGCCGGGGCCCAAGGCAGCAAACACAAAGACCCCUAAAAGGUCGCAUGGAUCCUUCUCCCAUGGCGACGCGGAGGGCCCAGAGACGGCAGUAAGCGGAGUUGACGAUCCGAGCGCCGAAGGAAAAGAGGAUGAGGAGGCGGGACCCCCGUCGUCGGCCCCUCCCAGAACAGCCAGCGCAAGGGUCUCGAAGAAAUCACGCCACGGAUCGUUGUCCAAUUCCACGGCGGAGAGCCCUCGACUCAAGAAAAGAAAGCUUUCUGGGUUUCUGUCUGCGAAAACGGCGAAGGUUAACAGAAGUGCGAAGGCGGCCAUGUCCGGCGAAGCUGAGGGCAGACCGUCGGCCAGUGGGAAGUCUUGGAGCGACAUCAGCAGUGACAUGGAUGAUGACAUGGAGGAUAUACCCGCGACAUUGCCUUCCUCAUGGCGGUCAAGGAAUUAG